AUGCACAGGAAUCAGUCUUCCCCACCCAGCCCUUUCCCUCCUCCUAUCAACCAGAGCAAAAGCAAAACGACCAAAGCCGACAGUGGCGCCCCGGGCGUCCAUCGCGCCACAUACGCCAGCGACCGCAUCAUCAGGCGAACGUACCUCUUUGAAUCCAAACGAAAGAAAAACAAAAUUGCAAACGCUCUCUCUCUCAAACUCUCUCCCUCUCAAACCCUCUCUCUGUUUAUGCUUUUCUCUUUCUUUCUUUAUCUCUCUCUCUCUCUCUCUCUCUCUCUCUCUCUCUCUCUCUCUCUCUCUCUCUCUCUCUCUCUCUCUCUCUCUCCCUUUGACACACACUGA